CUUCUAUUUGAUUUACUGUGGGGUGUUUGUGUUUGGUGCAAAAUGCAUCCUUCUAUCCCGAUUUUUCUGGUUUUUGCUGCCUGUUGUUCUAAUGUAGUACUUUUGGAGUUACUUGUGAGGUAAGGUGUUGAAGAAACACAAGACAGGAUUUGCAGGCUUCUUUUUGAAUCUUCUUAAAUCCUUAACACUGAUCGCGCAAAUGAUCUCAAGCUUGCUUGACUUGAGCUUGAUUUGUAAAUGUCAUUUAAUACAUGCUCUAACCGUUAGUAGAAGGAAACAGUAAAGAACUUUCAGCUUCGAAGAAAAAGGCUGUCCAUGUAAAAUGUCCUUAAAUAUAUAUAUUAUAGAUUGCCUCACUUCUUGAGGGCAAAGUUGCUGGUGUGCUCGUGACGUCACGGCGGCCACGUUGAUGGUCAAGAACAAAAGCAUUUCUCUCCUCCGGGAACUAAAUUCCAUUUUCAUUUACAUUUUUGAGAAAAAAAUUUCUACUAUAUUGACCCCCAACGUGCGUAUGGCCACCUUGUCACGUGGUUGCAAACCAAGAAUAGUGAUUAUGCAAUGCUAGCAAAGGCCAGGGGUGGGUCAUGGGGUAAGGGAUAAGACUGUGAAUAAGAGGAAAGGAUCAUAGUACUAGGAUUCCUUUGGAGUUAUGCAUAAAUGCCAACCUCUGGAGAGCUCACAUUUGGAGACUGUCUCAAGCCCUCCCCCCCCUCCCCCCCAAAAAAACAAAUCAUCCUAAACCCAGGAGAGGGGGGCGGGGUUGCUGUAUUUGGGAGACUCCUAGAUAAUCCAGGAAAAUUGACGUAUAUAAGGGUAUAACAGAACUGAAACCCUAGUUUAUAGAGCAAUGGCAGAACUCAACAAGAUCAAACAUUUGCAGAUGUGCCUCAUUCAAAUGGAAGAGCAUGUAUUGUCUGAAUAUCAUCCAGAAUUGGUAUAUAAUAUGCUCUUAUUUCAGAGAAGACCCAAGCUGUGUGAAUACUGUAACAUUUUGCCAGUUUCUGUUCAUUGCUGUAGAAGGAUUCAUAUUUACUGCUCACUUUGGAACAAAAAAACCAGUUAUUCCUAUAAGGUAACUUAAUAACAAUCUUAUGUAACUACAGACCAGUCUGUCUGUCUUUGCCAAAAUGAAGAAAUAUAUUUCAUCUGGGGGAAACUUGUUGCAUCCAUGUAAGGCCAACUGACAACUGACUUAUCACAAAUGAAAGGUUAUCAAAUCCAAAUGUUCUCAGAUAAAUAGAAAUUAGUAAUAUAGCCAAAAAGCAACAGUCGGUAGUCAUGAUAAUGAGUAUUAUGUUAAUAGGAUGAUUUAUUAUUUAGAACACACUCAUCUCCUUUUUUCUUCCCUUGAAGCUUACCCCUUUUCCUUUCCUGCCACUCCCAUUGAUGUUCUGAAAUAGGUUAAUUUUGAUUACUAUUUCAUUUGAUGUUUCCUCAUCUCAAUUGACAUCAAAAAUUAUUAAUUUUGUUCUUGUUCUCAAAUGACUUUUUUGUUCCAUCUCUUUCAGUAAUUAUGUGACAAUGGUAGUCUUCUUCUUCUCAACCAGUGUGAUCAACAAUUAUGCACUCAACUUUAAUGUACCCAUGCCAUUACACAUGAUCUUUAGAUCGGUUAGUGUUAGUAGGCUUAUGUUUAAAAUUCCCUUAUAUAAUAAUGUAACUUUUGCAAGAUGUAGGUUGUUACCAACUUUAGAUAUUUGAUAAACCUACCUAAGUUAUGUAAUCCCAGAUUAGCCAUGUAGAGUUCAGAACACUGUCAACUGUAGCACUUUACUCACAUUGACCAUAUCAUGACAACUUCUGGACAAGAUGUCAUUGUAAGCCCUGAGCAAAGGCAGUUUUAUCAAAGUUUCUAAGCGAUCCAGAUGCCGAAGCAUUUGCAGCUACUAUUCCUGUGUUUGACUCAAUAAAAAGUUAAGUUGUAUUCUUUUCACUUUCGUUGCCUAACUGCAGAAGAAAUUGUAAAUAUAAAACCAGCAGAACAACUUUUAUUGCUGUGCUUUUCAUUACAUGACAGCAUAAAAUUGCUUCUUUGUUUGUUUUUUUGUAGGGCUCCUUAGUAGCCAACUUAGUUUUGGGAAUGAUCAUCUUGAAAAGAAGGUAUGUCACUAAUUUGUUCAUGUUUAAGGAAAUCAUAGACUGUGAGCAGUCAGUUAUUUUCUUCAAAGUCACUGGAGCAGGGUGCGUGAGUGGUAAACAGUGAGUGCAUAUAGCGAAGCCACAAGCUGCGAGAGACGAGGGCAUAAGCCAAUUUGGGUGUAAGCCAGUUUGGCUAAAGGCAUUUCUUGGCAUAUACGAUCACUCAACUGAGAACAUACUAGCAGUCUAAGGAAAUCAUGGCAUAAAAAUGUAGAAUAGACACUAGAUGAAAACUAUAAACUAAAGUAAGAGAAAUGCCUGCUCUGUUAACUUUUUUCUUCUUUUUUCAGAUAUUACCUGUCCAAGUAUUUUUCAGUCCUUAUGAUCACAGCAGGAAUUUGUCUAUGCACAGUAGCAUCAGCAAAAAAAGUGGUAAGGAUGAAAAUAUUUACGAUGUUUUAUAUUGUCUCACUACAAACAAAAACUGAACCUCUGAUAAAGAAAUGCUAGGUGGCACAAAGCAAAGUAAUUAGGCUUUAUGACACAUUGUGCCAGCAUUAUUUUGUGCAUAAUAGCAUGGCGGAAGCAUAAUACCAACAUAAAUAAAUAGAAUGGCACUUUCUGUUGCUUCUCCCAGCUGAUAAGUGCACUUGUAUUGUUACAAUGGAAAUACCACCAAAUAGUUUGUAUGAGAAUAAUUAUCUAUUAGAAAGUGUUGAAUAGCAUACCAUAAAUAGAGGAUAUUACAUGGCCACGCAGAGAUACAAAAUAUCUCUUUGAGUGUUGAAAAAUAUUUCACGAACAAGCUCAGCCAACAAGCGAAAUAUUUUUUCAACACGAGAAGAGAAAUUUCAUAUCUCCAAGCGGCCAUGUAAUGUUCUAUUUAUCAUAUAGACACCAAUGAACUACCAAACCAUUUCACUUUAAUAGUUUUUUGGUGUGAAAGGGGCGAUUUAUUAUGAAGGCAUAGCAACGGUGAUAUUUUCACAUGUGAAGAUAUCAAGUUUUCGCACGAAAGCUCGCAUGGUAUUUCAUUGGUGUUUUAUAUAUGAUAAUUAGUUAUAUGGUUAUCAUAGUCUGAAAUAACUGGAGACUGUCUAGAUGCAUCCAAGAAUAUUUUUUAAACAUUUCAAAAUUUAUUUUGUUAAUAAUAUUGUCAAGAUAUCAGCAUGUUUGCUUUGAUAAUGCUGUGACAUUCAUUUUUGUCUUUAGGAGUUUAAAGCAUCAACUGGUGAUCCAUAUACUGACUAUAUGUGGUGGUGCAUAGGUAAGCACACUGACAUUCUUUUAAUGGGACAAUUCUAAUCUUUGGAUAUAUAUAUAUAUACAAAUUCCGGAAGUGUUCUCUUUGAAUUAAAAGACAAAAAAUUGGUUAAGUGAAUGAAUUAACCAGAUUGGCUGCAGCCAGUAACAUACUUCAUGUUAUCUACCAAUAAAGAGUCACUGCUGCAGUGUUGUUUUUGUUUGACCUUGUUACAGGUGUUGUACUUCUUGUACUUGCAUUAUUUCUUUCUGCAAGGACUGGCAUCUAUCAGGUAAGUAUUCUCUUGUUAACCUUGAAUUUACCUUAAUAGGAAAAUGCAUUUUUCAUUCAUAAACAAUGAAUGAAUCUCGUUUGUGACAACAUGGUAAUGGCAUUUAAUUGGUAGUAAGUAUCGUCCCAUUUUCGGUAAUUUGGAUUCAGGAUCCGUAAAGUUUUUGCUUUCAGAAUCUGGAAGACUGGGCUAUAAGUAGGUUCAAUGAAUCCCCUUUCUCUUUCAUCUAUGGCUCCUCCCAUAGAUACUGUUGAAUGCUCUGUUGCUUAUGCGCAGGAAUCUCAUUGGAUUGCCAAGAAUAACCUAACAUCAGUAAUGCCAAUAAUGCAUUGAGUGCAAGGGCAUUGACAAACAGCCUAUGGCAAGGGCGGAUUUUGGGAUGGGCUGAGGGGGCAGUGGCCACCCCUUUCUGAAUUUUCUGGACCCGCUCCUCUAUGGCAUCAUCGACGUUAAUUUAUUCCGGCACAGAUUCCUUCCCAUAGCAUACUACUCAUAGGUUUGGAUCUGUUUUUCUGCGCGUUGCAGCUAAAUUCACUUUCCUCCAAUCUUUAACCUCAGGAACAAAUGUACGCUGAACAUGGCAAACAUCCAAGAGAGGCUUUGUUUUAUGCAGUGAGUAGAGUAGUCUUAAUCGUUUACAUCAUACGCAGGGACAUGCACUCAGCGAGUAUUAUGUAUGUGUUUACCAGUGAAAAUGUUUCUUUGUCGAAAACGCUCCUCAGAAUUAAAAAAACGCAGUUUUGUACGCUGGUUGAACAAAAAAUCACGAAGUCGUAUCCAGUCUGUCUCUCGAUACUCCACGAUGUAUUUUACCUUGUCAGACAGAUGAAACACUUUUGUGUCGUUUUUACUUGGGCGUCUUUCAGUCGUAUGGUCCGUAUGAGGAUAACGAGUGAUUAUGGAUACGGUAGAAAUUUUUUUAUUUGGUGCGACGAGGAGAGGGCUAGAAGUGGGACAGUGGAUAAAAUAGAAACAAACAGGCUCACAGGCCUCACAGCCGGGUGGCAAUUCUUAUUUAGUGUCAAAAUAUUGUACCCAACCAGGUUUUGAGUUUUGUGUUAAUUGUGUGUAAAAGUGGCAUUUCCUCUCCUAUAAAGUAACGUGAUGUUUGUUGAGUCAGAGUGGCAAAGGGCUCCACAUACUAAUUACCAUGUACUGGUGAUUUUUUUUUUACAGCAUGCGUUGCCGUUGCCAGGGUUUCUGCUGCUAUCAAAGGAUAUCUAUCGACAUAUCUUCAUAUUUAACGCAUCUGGUGAGUCUGUCUAGAAAAGUUGUUUUCCUUUUUUAUUUCAAGGGCAGGGGGAUGUGGAUUGAUGGGUAGAGGAGAAACGUAAUAAUGUUAGACCAAACUUUUCCAUAAGGCAAGCAAAAUGAUAGCAUACGACGGCACGUUUUCGUAGGAAGUAUGUAAUAGAAGCAUUCGAGACGUUCACGGUACAUUCAUGCAGAGGAAUUGAUCAACUGAAUUUGCCUUUAACGUAUGGGUCUUCGUAGCUCACUUAGUAGUGCAAACAACAGAGCUAACGCAGAUUCCAUGGGUUCGAAUCUUGUUGAAGCCCCGACUUUUUUUCGGGUAAACUUUUACUUUGCUUAAAUUGCUGUUGCAAAUUGGACGAUCAUACCUUCAUUUUAAUUUGUAUUCCGCGAUGUUUCACUUCUUUCACCCGGUUAAACUGAACUCAACAACUUGACCUGCUCCCAAUUCUUGGUCUUCGUAGCUCAGUUGGUAGAGCACUGCAGCGCAAACACAGAAGCUAAGGAUUCGAAUCCCUUUGAAUCUCCGAAAUUGUGUGAAAAGAAAGGUUAAAAAAAGGUUUAUUUAUAAGGGAUUGUUUAUAGUGGGAAGUGCACUUAGCUUAUCCAGCUAGUUUAUAGGCAGGCACUCCACUCGAAUACUUAGAAGCAACUAAUUCAAAUACAACGUAACAGGAUUUAAAACCCCAACUGGCAGGAGGCAACCAGUUGGCUAGUAUUUACAAGCGUGACCGAGGAUUUGAACUCAGAACGACCCGAGAGCAAAUCCCGCAAGUGGCCAGAGCGGGACUCGAACCCGGGACCGCCGGAUUGCGAGUCCGACGCGUUGACCACUCGGCCACGCUCCUCCUCCUUUUUCGAGUUAAUUUGCAAUUGCUAUUUCAACUGGAAAGAUUGGGAUUUCAAUUGAAUGUGAAUUUGGUGAGGAAUCGAACGGAUUGCUACAGUAUAUUGGCGAGGGAGCGAAUGCCAAAAAAUAGAGUUUACUUAAGGGCAUGUAUUCACGCAGCGUAUUUUAUCAAUCUUUUCCAGCCCCGUUGGUUUUAUUUGAUAUCCACUUUCUUAUACCCAAGAUGUGGGCCUAUGUGGCUGGUAACGUGGUCACGCAAUACAUUUGCAUUCGUAGCGUAUACAUACUGACUUCAGAAUGCACGUCUCUGACUGUCACGCUUGUUGUCACGUUGCGCAAGUUCAUGAGCUUGAUGUUUUCUAUUUUUUACUUUCGGAAUCCAUUUACGUUGUACCACUGGCUUGGUACUGUGCUUGUGUUUGGUGGUACUUUGAUCUUUGUGGAACUGGCAAGCAAGAUUCGAGAGGCUUUAUUCCCCGAAAAGGAAACAAAGAUGGACUGAUGGAGUAGUCUUUCGUCUCUGUUGUGCCUUCGUUGGACAGAACAACAGCAAGAAGAAGAAAAACUAGGUGUAAACAUUGUUUUAGAAGGCGAGGAACUCUGACAAAGAAUGUAAUGACUCCAAAUCAUGUAAAUACGGUAAUGAUUUGUGAUGAUACGUAACCCAUUCUUUAUUGAGAGUUUAGUGGAGCAGACGUGUCUCUUCAGCCUUCUCUGGCCGUCGGUUUAGCUAAGUAAGAUAAAGAAGAUCUAACAUACUCAAGAUGCCCUGGUUAUUAAAUAGAGUUUAUAAUAUAUAUAUUUCGGUUCAUCCUUUCCAUAUUGGACAUCCAUACCAUAAACCAUAACUUGUCACGGUAAAUCACACAAAAGUCUGGUACUUCAUUUUUCUGAAAACUUUCAACUAUUUUAAAUUGAAAUCAUGAAGUAUCGCUGUAUUAUUUUUCAAUUAAAGAAAAUGGGAAUAAUUUCAACUACUCAUGGUGUUUGAUUAUAAUGUUAAACGAC